AUGGCGGCCGAAGCAGUACCUCAGCCCACUAAGAAAACCUUGUCAAAAAAUCUCAUGGCAAUGAAGGUAAGCCUAAUUUUACUUACCUUGAUACCUUAAAGAGCUAAAUUUUAAUCCUUUACUCAAUUAAUUUCCUCUGUAUUGGAUUAUUUUAGUUCAUGAAAAGAAAAGCAGAGUCUGAUUACCGGCGGCAGCUUGAAGAAGAACGACAACGUGCCAUAGAGGAAUCACACUGGGUAGUGGAAGGACAAGAAAAUGAGGACAGGUAAGGCACUGAAACAAGUAGAAAUGCGCAAGGUUGCUAUAAAUUCUCAUUUUUGUAGGUAUUUUGUUCUCCUGAUCGACUUGAAUCCUUUGAAGUUUUCGACUUAACAUACAAGCUAAUACUUAGCACGUACACGUACAGUAAGCUUAUAUUGUCCUUGGUCUGCGGCUUUGUUCGAAUGUGAUGAAAUAUUUCGUUGAGAAAUAAAAUACAGAAAAAGGAAUGAGUCGAACUAUUUAUUGAUUAGUCUUCUUUCGUGUGACGAAGUUUCGGCUUUCCUGCUGUUGGUGAAGGCGCUAAAUUCAAGUUUGUCAGGUAGGUUAAUUUGUCUUUCUUGAAGUUUGUACUUUUGCGGCACUGAAUUGCGGCACUGUAAAUUACAUGGUCAUGUUUACUUGCCUUGUGAAUAAAUAAAAGGCAACAGGAAGACGUGCCUUUCUGCAGAAAAGGUUUUCAUAGAAACCUAUUUCUGCUGUUGGAAGCACAUUUGCUGCAGACUUGGAAUUUUUUUUUAUUGAUCGACUCUUGAAAAAUGUUACCAAAUUUCGCGUAGUGGUCCUUGGUCCAGGACUCGUGGAAUUACAUGUCGCAAAAUAAAUGAAACCUUUUGGAGACGGCCUUUGUUUUCGAAUAAUGUUUUCAAAAUCUUCCUUAUACAUGUACAUCUUUUCAAGUUCUCUUUUUUAAAUAUUUUGAAUACAUACAAAGUUUCUAGUAAUUAUUUUUGACUGCACUGAGUAUUAUAUUAUGGCAUAAUUGUAUCAAGAAUUAAAAAAAAGAUGCGAAAUGUGGCAAAAAUUUUGUUUUCAUAUGUAAACUAUGGAAUUCUCAUCUCCUUUUCAUUCUGUGUACAUGAGUCACGGACGAAGGAUCACACUUGCGGACCAAAGACCAUUGAGCAUGGUCACCUCUUUACAAGCAAAAUAUUUAAGUUUGGAACUUGAAACUUCACGAUUAUCAUGGGGGACGUAAAGGUAUCUUCAGGGAGUAUUUCGGGUAGUUACAUUUUGAUUCAGGUACAAGGUAUUCAAGAUAGUAAUUUCUAGUCAUGGACCAUGGACUACUGUAUGAUCUGAUGGCUCUUUAGGGGGCUGUUGACAUAUUCACUUUUUCCCCACUUAAUGCCAACUGGAUGUUUAGGUCAGAGCCCCUAAACAAGCCAGGACUUGUGUAUAUAGUAACUUGUGCAUAUAGUACUUCCCAACCCCUGGAAUUUCCCAUUUUUCUUUUGUGGUCUGAAGUCACAACAUUUAGAAGUUAUUGAUCAUUUACCGCUUAUUAUAACUGAUACAUUUUUUUGUUUUAAAGGGAGUAUUUCUUUAUGUAUGUACAUGUGUAUAGCAUGCUUGAUUAAACAAAUGUUGUUUGAACAAAAACAUUUUACUACUGUAUUUUGUCAAAUAAUAGCCAUUCUGCCCUUAAAUAAAUCACCCCCUUUAAAUGGAAAUAUUUGAAAUAGUUGCCUCCUUUGAGUAAUCGUUCCAUCGCCCCCCACCCCCACUGCCAUCCCUCUUGCCAUCUUCUCUUUUUUUAUUCCCUUCCUGUCAAGUUGAAGUGGAUUCUGAUCCAGCAAUACUGACCAAUACUGUGAGGAUUCAUUUACAUAUAAGCUCUGAGACUGAGAAAUAAAAGUUAAAAAUCAUAGGCUUCUUUAAAGUCUUCAAAUGUCUUUUAAACAAACCUAACUUACAGACACAGUUUAUCAAGAAAUCAUUGACCUCCAUUGACCUUUAACUACUGUUUGAACAAACAUUUUAGAAACUUAGACGCUUGUUUAUGUUCUCCAUAAAACUUGAUUUUAGGCAUUUCAAAUCAUAUAGCCACGUAGUAAUGGCAACGAAAUGCACAAAAAAGCGUGAUGCACAUGCGAAGUUGUUGUUUUGCUUAACAAAGCGAUUGCUUCUUUGAUGUUCUUUGUGUCACCACUAUUGUCAUUGCUGAAGCUGUCUGUUAUUGUCUCAAUAGUUUCUAAUAUAGGUGUUAAUACAUGCAUAUUUGUUUAUAAACCCCUGUCUAUUUUAAAUACUGUACUUUACUAAUAUCAAGGUAGUUUUGUUUCUCAAUUUAUUUUAAGAAGCCGCAUCGAGUUUGAACCCAGUUAUGCAAAAUGUGAGGAUCUUUAUCCUUGUGGAAGGAUGUCAUUCAGGAACUUUAAUCCAACUGUUGAAGUAAGUUUGAUUCUGGGUAAUAUAAUAAUAAUCCUACACUUUCCAAGUGCUUUUCUUGUCUUAAACUAUAUACAGUCCCCUUUUUACCAUAAGACCAUUACAAUGGGCAGUUAACUUGUAUCCACAUCUACUUUAAACUCUAUACACUCAGUUUUUUUGACAUUCAUUGUACUACAAUACAUGUAUCUUGAAAUCUGUUUAAAAAAUACAAAAAUGUAGAAAUAUAUAUCCUGAUGUACAUGUAUGUAGCUUUUAAGUGGUCUAAAAAUUAUAUGAUAGUACAAGAGAUUUAUACAAUGUGUAUGUUGUGGUUCAAUUUUGUCCGUUGUUUAAUUUUAUUUUCCUUUCUUUUAAUCUCAUAAUCAUACAUUUCCAAACCCCAAAACAAAGGAAAAUGAAAAUUAAGCCAAGGAUAAAACUGAAGCACAAUAUAUACAUUGGCAUGUUCUUACGUAAAUAUGCAGUUAAAUUCAACUCUUUGCUUGCAUGAGAAGCCAAAGGAGAUUGUAUUCCAGUCAUGUUCUCAAUGCUCAGUCUUCAAAUAAAUGUCAACAGAAAUUGUUUAAAGAGAUGCAAGCUGAGGAAGAUAUGGCAAGAUCAGAGGAACGAGAGCGGGAAGCAACUGUCUCUGAUGAAGAGAUGGCGAGAAGGUAACAACUACUUUGUUAACUUUUUGUGAAAACUUGAAAAUUUAAUUUUUAUGGUUUAAUGCCUACAUUUUGUUAGCCUUACUGACCUCACUAUACAAGUACAUGUACAAUGUAUUGUAGGGCCUCUUAUUUUGACAUCUAAUCUAAAAAAGACAUCUCUAUAUCAAUAUGACAACCUAUACUGUACAUGUAACAUACCUAUGUUAUGAUUCAUUAUCUUGAGAGCAUACAUGUAUUCUCAAGAAAUAAAAUCCUCUAGAUGGAUAUAUGGCUGGAUACAUGCACAUGUAGGUUGGAAAGUUUGGGUGGAUCACAUUAGAGCGCUUGGCCACAAGGUCAUAUGUUCCGCCCAUGUUCCAAUCCUAAACAUGUAGUUCAUGGUUGUAAAGAGUCAACUGGUUUAGCUCAGGCCAGUUGGGAUUCAUGACCUUGUCAGUCAAAAUGAAAACUACUGGUUUACCAGUAAAUUUGUUACCCCUAUAGAGUCAGUUUUUUAAAUACAUAAUGUAAUGAUAAAAGAGCUUAAGAGCAUCAGACAGAAGGGCUUUCCCUUGCUGAUAAUUCAAUAGAUGCAUGUAUACAUAUGACUGGAGCUCUUUGCUGAUCAAAUAUAUUACUAAAGCAAAAAGUCAUGGUAGUGAAACUUGUGUAAUAGGAAGCAGAACACUUGAGGUGGUGUGACCAGUGAUGUUUUAGUAGGUAUACCUCCCAAGUUUUAAUAUUUGCUGCAUCAGCAUUACAAAGAUAUCAGCUUUAUUGUAUGAGGAUAAAGACUUGUUAUGAUCCAUGUAAGGAAUUUAGAAACUGCUUGAUAUUUUUUAUUCCUUAAUCAAUUUAAAUAACCUCCAAGUUUCAAGGACAUUAAAAUCAAGGAAUGCCAUGAAAUGGCAAUUCCAAUGCCUCAAAGAUUUUGUGUUUACCAAGUAAGCAUCCUCAUUAUUCACUGGCAUUGUUUCCAAGUUUGGUCUGCACCUGAAUGAAUGAAUGAAUGAAUGAAUGAACUACAUUUAAGUGUCAGAGCAUUUAGCUACACAGUAGCUAAUUGUGGACACUAAAAAAAGAUUCAAAAUACAAAAAAUUAAAAUUAAAAUGGCAAUUCUACAAGUGUUAAAAAGCUAUUUUAAAAAUUUACAAUCAUUUUUUAAGGCAGGGAAGGUUCAUAAUAAAAAUCUAGGAAAAGCUGCACUAUUCACAAAAUUUGAUAUCGUUUAGUCCCAAGAAAAACUGAUAUUUAGAAUAUUCACGAAUUAUAACUUUUUAGUUAAGAAGUGAUGAAGUUCCAUUGCAAAUGUGGUUAAGUGUUACAUACUGUAAGUUACAGUUGGUGCAUGUUCUCUCAAUAAAAGAAGUCAAGUCUUCCUUUCUGAUGUUCCAUUUAAAAUUGUCCAGCCAGGGUCGCUGUGGAUCACUUAAGGAUGGUUUUGACCUGCAGUGUACAAAAUUUGACACUUGCAGUGAAACCACUCACCUGCGGCUCGUGGUUCCAUUUGAGUUUUGAACAUUUCAUGACAUCGUUUCUUCGUGUGUGGUCUAAGAGUGUAGACCAUGGACGAUUGUGCUCGAUUUGUUAAUAGGACCGCUUACAGGUGUAUAUUGCAUUUGUGAAGGUCUAAAAGUACUCGCUGGAUAGUCUAGAUAAGUGUUUUCGAUGCGUUUGGGAGAAAACCGUGGAUGGAUGCCCCUGAAAAAAUUACUAAACCUCGCCUGAAACCCAGGGUACCUCCAACCAAACAGCUUUGUCUUAUUUCCUUUUUUGCCAUUCAGCAUGUCUGAGGGGUUGCAGUUAUCAUAGUAUAUUAUGUUAACCUCAGUUUACCUACAGAUGCAUAAUUAUUUAGUUGAAAUGGGGUAAUGUGAUGAUAGUUAUUGGCUUAAAGACACACGUUAAGGCCGAUCGUCAUACAUGUAUGCAUCUAUAUAACAACAAUUACUUUUAAUGACAAGCGCAAUGUACUCCUCCUACUCUACUCCAUUCAAUAUUGUUAUUAGCCUGUGAGCAAGCUUUUUUUGACUCUGAGGGAAGAGCCUGGCCAAUAGAAAGCUUUAUCAACUCGUAAGCAAUGCUACUAUCAGCUGCUUAGUACCUUCUAAAAAGAACAUUAAAGAAACUCUUCUAUUUGUUCACUUUGAAAUAAAAUUUUAAUUCUCUUUAUUGUAACAGAUAUGAAAGUCUGGUGGGUACUGUAGCCAAGAAAUUUUCAACAAAAAGAAAACGUUCAUCAGCAGGUGCUGUUAACUUUGAAGCAGAAAGUCCUGCCUCUCAUCAACCAUCAAAGAAAACGAAAAGAGACUUUAUGAAGCCAAGGGAAUAAUACAGAGCGAAAUUUAAAAGAUAAAAAUUAUUAUUUAAGAUUGAAUUGAAGAGAUCCCGCUACAAGUAGCCAUUGUGGAAAGGUUUCACUGUAGUUAAGCGGUAUUUUAAGACGGAAUCCACCAGGAAAUUGAGUAAUUUUAAUUUUGAGUGGACAAAAACCUUGUACCA